CGUAAUACCUAUUAGCUUGCUAACAGUGGUCCAAUUUUCAAUAUGACUGAAAAUUGUAGCCCAAUUUACAUUUUUAAUCUCCUCCCCAAAUUCACUGCCUAACCAAUGUCUGUUGUCCACCGACAUGUCUCCGCCUUUUCCUGACACCCAAGGUAGGUUGCGCUAAGAGGAGUUUUAUAGCAACUGUUGCCCUGUGAUUCAGCGCCAUAGUCACCGUAGUCCUGGCGACUGUAACCCAUCAACAACAACAACCUCUCGCUCCAUCAUUACCACCUCCACCAUCCUCAUCCUCAUCAACACGUUAGUCUACGGUACAGGCGCCAUGCAAACGCCCGAGGCCGGCGCUGACUCGUCCACGGUGCCCCUCCAGACCAGCGUGCAGCCGGCCGUUUCCGCACAGCAAGGGGUCUCUCAGGUGCCCGUCCAGCAGCAGGCUCAGACUGUUCAGCAGGUGCAGCAUGUGUAUCCUGCACAAGUUCAGUAUGUUGAGGAGAACAACGGUGUCUACUCCAAUGGAACCAUUCGGACUUACUCAUACUCGGAGCCUCAGCUCUACAGCCAGAACAGCGGGGGGAACUACUUCGACACGCAGGGGGGUUCGUCGCAGGUGACUACGGUGUUGUCGUCGCACGGCAUGGCCAACAACAACAACGGCGGCACAGGCGGCAUGGGCAUGGGUCUGGCGGGGGGGCAGAUCAUCAGCAGCUCGGGCGCCUACCUCAUCGGCGGAGGCAACUCCAUGGACAGCGCUACCCCGCACCCCACCACGCAGACGCCCAGGGCCUCGCCGGCCACGGUCAGUAUUGAAAUGGCGAUUGAGACGCUCCAAAAGUCUGAAGGGUUGUCCUCUCAGAGAAGCUCGCUGCUCAACAGCCAUCUGCAGUGGCUCCUGGACAACUACGAGACGGCGGAGGGCGUGAGCCUGCCGCGCUCCACCCUCUACAACCACUACCUGCGCCACUGCCAGGAGCAGAAGCUGGACCCGGUCAACGCCGCCUCUUUUGGCAAGCUCAUCCGCUCCAUCUUCAUGGGGCUCCGCACUAGACGCCUGGGCACCAGGGGGAACUCUAAGUACCACUACUACGGGAUCCGCGUCAAACCUGACUCGCCCCUCAACCGGCUGCAGGAGGACAUGCAGUACAUGGCUCUCCGACAGCAGCCCAUGCAGCAGAAACAGAGGUUCAAGCCGGUGCAGAAGGUGGACAGCAUGUCGGGGGAGAACUACUCUGGUGGUGGGGUGCAGCACACAGCCAGCGCCGCCGAGCAGACGGUCAUCGCUCAAAGCCAGCACCACCAGCAGUUCCUGGAUGCCUCCCGUGCGCUGCCCGAGUUUGCAGAGCUUGACCUGGGCGAGAGCAACGUGGACCACAUCUCCCCUGAUGACGUCAAGUCCCUGCAGACGCUCUACAGGGAGCACUGUGAGGCCAUCUUGGACGUGGUUGUGAACCUACAGUUCAGCCUGAUUGAGAAGCUGUGGCAGACCUUUUGGCGGUACUCCCACUCCAGUACUGUAGAGGGAGCCACAAUUACAGAGAACAGUGGGGUGAGUGAGAUCGAGAGCCGUCUGCCGCGGACCACGCUGCUACUGCUCUGCAGGAAUGAGACGGUGCUGAAGUGGAUGAGUGCCUGCGACCACCUCAUGUACCAGGUCCUGGUGGAGAUACUCAUACCAGAUGUCCUCAGGCCUAUACCCAGUGCCUUGACUCAAGCCAUCCGCAACUUUGCCAAAAGCCUGGAGGGCUGGCUCAGCACGGCCAUGAACGCUGUGCCCCAGAGGAUGGUCCAGGCCAAGGUGUCGGCUGUGAGUGCCUUUGCGCAGACCCUGCGCAGGUACACAUCCCUGAACCACCUGGCGCAGGCGGCGCGCGCCGUGCUGCAGAAUACCUCGCAGAUCAACCAGAUGCUGUCCGACCUCAACCGAGUGGACUUCGCCAACGUGCAGGAGCAGGCCUCGUGGGUGUGCCAGUGUGAGGAGGGCGUGGUGCAGCGCCUGGAGCAGGACUUCAAAGCCACACUGCAGCAGCAGAGCUCCCUGGAGCAGUGGGCCGCCUGGCUGGACAACGUGGUCAGCCAGGUGCUCAAGCCCUACGAGGACCGCGCCAGCUUCCCCAAGGCCGCGCGCCAGUUCCUGCUCAAGUGGUCCUUCUACAGCUCGAUGGUGAUCCGGGACCUGACCCUGCGCAGUGCGGCCAGCUUCGGCUCCUUCCACCUGAUCCGCCUGUUGUACGACGAGUACAUGUUCUACCUGGUGGAGCACCGCGUGGCCCAGGCCACUGGGGAGACCCCGAUAGGCGUCAUGGGAGAGUGUGACCAGCUGAACGCCAUGUCUCCCAACAUGAUCGACAAAGAUGAGGUGAGCGAGAUGGACAGCGACCUGGACGAUGACCUGGACGAGAGCGGCGAGCCGCUGGCUAAGCGGGAGAAGGCCGAGUCGGAGGUGGAGCCCGAGGUCAUCCAGGUGCUGCAGGUGGGCACCAUGGAGGACGGCAGCAGCGCUGUGGUGGGCAUGCUCAGCUCGCUGCCCGCCCCGGGCAGUGCCGCCACGGCCACCAUCAUCCCGGCCGAGCACAUCCUGCCCCCGCCGCUGCCACUGCCGCCCGGCGCCACCAGCACCAUCCGCCACUGCAACAGCGCCGGGAACAGCUUCGCCCCUGUGUGAGGGCGCAUGAGGGGGAGCGGCGCCGGGGGGUCAAGCCAACCUCCUGCCUCCUCCACCUUCCCUUCUCCUCCUCCCUCCUCUCCAAGCGCUCCCCCCUCGAUCUCUCAUCCUUUUCUUUGUUCGUCUUCAGCCUUCUCAGUCUCUUUGUUUUGUACAUGCUUUGGUUUUCAUGUUCUCUCUCUGCUGUGACGCCGAGAGGUCUUUCCUCUUGCCUUAUCAGGAGGUCGUUGAUGAUGAUGAUGAUGAUGAUGAUGGGGUGGGGGGGGGGGGGGUUGCAGUCUCUAUUAGAUGCUGUGAAUGAAGAUAGAUGCUCUUGACUGAGAGGGGGAAAAUGAGCAAAGGAGGAGAUGGCAAAUGGGAUGAUGAGGCCCAACACCUCCUCAGCCACACAAGCUGAGGGAGAGGAGAGGCAAUGUGUUGCUCCCUUAAGUUUAGGAACACUCCGACAUUCCAUUAAUACUGAAAUUCGGAACAUUCCAUCCUGUCGAUAAUAUAGAGCUCAAAUCCAAGUCACCAAGUCUGAAAAGAACAAAAGAUUUGAUUUGACUGUUUUGGUUUUUGAGAGAACGAUUAGUUGGUGUUUUUGUUUUUUUUCCCCCAACACACUGUUAUUAAUGCUGAAGUUUUGUUAUCACUGUUCAAAUGUGAUCAUGUUUUAUCAGUUUGUGCAAAAACAAAAACAAGGUCGUUUGCCAAAUAUUUCACUUUCGACCCCCCCCCCCCACUCUUCCUUUCUCUUGGUUUGGCAUUGUGUCUAUUUGGCAAGUGCUAUCUUCACUCUGCGUAUUUUUGCUGUGCUGCUAAAGCUGUCAGACAGGUUGUGAGAUGGCACUCGUACCUACGCCGUUCUUGCAUUGUGCCACGUCCAUUGCGUGGGAUGCCGUUCCAAAUGCCUUCUGUUCGCUAGGCUCAGUCGCUUCGUAGUUUUCUAUAGGCGUUUGUUUUCUACCGGAUGUCUUAUUGUUCUGUAUUGCUGUGUUGUGACACUUGUAGAUUUUGUGUUGUCUUCUGUUUUUGUGUUCUGCCUUCUUUUUUCCGGAUUGGACCAAAUACAGAGGAAGUGAUGCGUUGUUGUUGGAGACGAGGUUCUUUAGAGAGGGUUUUUGUUGUUGUUGUUGUUGUUGUUGUUAUUAUUACCAUUUGUUCCUCUCGCGCCCGUGCCGUGCUGUAGAACCGAGCGAAUGUCAGGGACCUUGUGUACCUCGGGUUCAUCACAGUGCCUUAACCCAGCCACCGCACGCCAUCUCUGUCUGCCCAGUGACUGGGCCGUCAUCUCCACGCUGGCAUCAGCAUCCCAUGUCGGUGGAGAGGAAGGUUUGGACGCUUUUUCCUUUCUUUGUGUCAAAUCAUGAUUUUAAUGAGAUUGGAUUUUUCUCAUAAUUAGUCUGACGGUUAAUAUUUUUAGGUCAUACUACUACUUAACGCUGAUGCCUGUCCACUAUUUGCCUCGUCUUUGACCUGUGUGAGAUGCCUGAGCCUGGCUAACUGUGUGUGUGUGUGUGUGUUUGUGUGUGUUUGUUUGUAUUGGGCUUGUAUGCGUUUUUGUUUCGUUCUUUUUGUCCCUCCCCUGAGUCCGUAGUGCCCUCUUGUGACCCUACCUCAUGCCAGUGGUGCCCACCCCUCACACCAUUUCUCAUCCUCUUCUGUCACCCUAGGCCUGUUCUUUGUGUGCUUCACAGUAAAUACCUGUACAGAGGACCAAAAGUUGAGAUUUUCUAUGAUAUAUAUAUAUAUAUAUAUAUAUAUAUAUAUAUAUAGCUAUAUAAAUAUAUAGAUAUUAUAAUUCACAGGCAAAUUCUACUGAAAACACAACAGAUGCAUUUUCUGUUUAAUUUUUUUUUUAACCAUAGCUUUUUCUAACAUAAGCCGUUAACAUGCAGUUGAUGGCAUUGACAUUUGCUCACACACACCCUUGCCAUACACACACACUUAAAGGGACUGUCAGUCAGAGAGUUAGCAUCAUGUUGAUACUUCUUAGCUUAAGCUAGCUGCUGACAGAUUUGAGUGGAAGUGGAAGUCUGCCUUUGCUGUGGUGGGUCAGUGGUGACCAAGGGCGGCUGGGUUGACCAAGUGCUCACGACCCACCUCCCUCACUGCGCUCUUAAGAUGUGAUCUUUUGAAUGUGUGGCCAGCAGUCUUUAGGGACUGUAAGUUAGUUGUAUACUUGACCUGUUCUUUGAUCGGUGUUACACAAAUUAGAUUAAAAAACAAAAACACUUCAACACCGUUAUACUUGGCGUAAGACGUAUGAUGAACUGGAAAAAAAACCUUACUACUGACCAUUUUCCUUUAAUAGAGGAGUUUUUUUUUUUGUUGUUGUUUUUGUUUGUAUGUUUGUUUUCUCAAUCAGGAGAGCUGUCUGCACAACCGCCUUGAGUUCUGUGUCUGUUUGAUUGAUUGUUAUCCAUACAGGAAUGUUGUAUUCACUUGAAAUGUAUAUUUAUGUUUAACGAUGGGAGUAAGACUACUGGACUGAGAUGAGUUUCUCACUUAUGUGACAAAGCAUUUUUAUUAAUAACCACUACCCCAAGAAGAAUCUACAUUUUUAUCCACUAAGGCCACAUUCGUUUGUGACACUUUUUUUUUUGUCUUUGAAAAGUAGUGGUAAUUCUGUGAGCGCACAAAGUUUAUGAAGAUCUCUAUGAAACAAGAUGCUCCUAAAUGCAGCUUUGAAUUAAUGACCAAAUGGAUCAUGAUCAUCAUAAUGCCUUGCGAAGUAGGACUUGUUGUAUUUAUCAUCAAAUGGAGGUGCAGUUUGUUUGUGUGUGUGUGUGUGUGUGUGUGUGUGUGUGUGUGAGUAGUUUCACUUUCAGUAGGGGUCACAAAGCCCUGAAGAACUACUGAACUGUCCAGCCACUGUGCAGCGAAAGACAACUCGUCAGUUGUUCUCUGAUGUUCACAUGGAAAAACUACUGCUGUAAAUUUGUGUGUCCAAUCUGCAAACGGUUAUUAGAAAUGAAUUGUUGGAUAUGAGCUGAUUUUUAAUUUUGUUUUGUACUGAUUAUGUGCAUUAGACUCCUGAAAGUGCUUUUUAUUGGUAUUGCAUGCCUUUCUUUUUGUGCUGCUAGAAAAUCAUGACUUUCAUUUUGUUAGUUGUUUUUUUUGUUUUGUUCUUUUCUUUCUCAAACAUGUGCCAGACAGUGGAGAACAAGCAUAAAGCUGGCAGCCUCAGAUAGCCUGACUGCUGCAGGAAUCCUAGUCGGACUUCUCUCUCAUUAACACUGGCUCUAAGUUCAAUGUGAAGAUGACGCCUCAUAAUUAGCAUUUAUGGAAAUCUGAUGUUGGGGGUGGGGGGGGGGAUUGGCCGGCUCUUUUUUUUUGUGUUGUGGCACUUGUCUUGUAAUGGACUACAAUUCCAGCAGGCAUGUUUUAAUUUGACACUUCUCUAUUCUUUCCUCAAUGUUAAAGAAGAAAACACACAAACACACACACUACAUGUGGAAAUCAAUGCAAUGCAAGUUUUUCGACAUCUCAGCAACAUAUCAAAUACCCAUUUAGCAAACUGCAACCCAAGAGCAGGCUCCUCCGAUCGCAAGGCGCUGCCGCUCCUAGCGUCCGUGGCAGGCAGCUCGAGGCGAGCGGAGACCCCAGUGCCUUUGAUUCUCACCCUCGCCUCCAGGACCAGAGAGAACUGCCUGCUGCCAAUACCAACACCUAGCCCAGCCGCCGCCCAGGGACCUGCAGCCUGCUUGGUGGACUGGGAUAAGGACAGUACGGGGCACCACAGCCAGCCAAGCCCCAGAGUGCAGGUACAGUUCCCCCACUCACCCACCUACCCAGCCACCCGGCCAUGAGGUGCAGGUCAGCCUGUGGUAGUAGGCGUUUGACCUUAAGCAGCAGUGUCAGUGGUGGAUGGCAGACAUGUAUGUGGUCUCUACCACUAUCCGUGGGAAACACCAUUCAACCCCUCCACAGAGGAAAAAAUGUUCUGGACACCCUUGAUGGUGCAAACUGAACUGGGAUAUGCCAAUAAGGCCACUGCACUAUCAACAUCAAGACCAGUUCUGAAAAUCUUUUUUUCCCCCUCCUUUCUUUCUAGUGUUUCAUUUUCUUCUCUCUCUAUAAUUUAAUGGAAGUGGUAUGCUUGCAUUGUCAAGUUUCUGUGUCCGGGAAUAUUUUUAAGUGCCAUUUGACGGUUUACUUAGUGAGUGGUUGCCCGCGGUAGCGCAUUCUAAUGCAAGCACAAGCAUUAUGACACUCUGGGAGGGCCUUGUGAGGUCAUCCCACUUCCCCUUCCAGAGACUGUCUUAGUUGUAAAUAUAAAGAUAAAAAAAAUGAAAGGUUAUUUAUUUACAGUCUCCUUCUUUAACUGUCAUAAUGACUGUUUAAUUUUUUUGUCCUUCACAUAUGUUGGCAAGUGUACAUUGUGAUUUUUUUUUUUUUCCUCUCUUCUGGUUUUUGGAUUAUGUAUGGUAUUUUGCAUACAUAUGGAUCUUUUUCUUUUAUUCUUUUUGUGUGUUGUUCCAAGUUACCUCUUAGUAUAUUAUAUCCUCUGAGAAUUGGUAAGAGCUAACCGAUAUGUGUAGAGUGAUUUGUAUUGUGUAUUUUACAUAAAAGGAUAACAAACUGGGGAACUUUUAUAUUUAUAAAGGCAUAUAUUAACAUUUAGUGUGUCGUUGAGGAAAAUAUAGGAAAUAUUAAAGACACAUGUAGUUUGUUUUUCUGAAUAUUUCAGACUUGAGCUCAGGCUAGCUUAUUAGUGUUGUUUUCUUAAAAUCUGUGGCUUGUC